GGUUCGUUCUUAGUUCCGAAGAAAAUCACAGCUACCUAACACGAUGUUUCUCACGCUAACUUGUGUACUAUUACUGUUAGCUGGGCAGGGGUUCGCUCAAAACCAGACAACAUGUACCAAGAACACCGCCUGCUCGUGUACCAUGAGUGACGGGUCCGGGGAUGUAAACUUACAGUUUGUGGAGAGUGGUAAACCAACGUAUAAAGACCAGGUAGCGACCGUACAGAAGGAUGACUACCUGUACUCAUGGAACCCGUGUACUCCGUUUACUGAGGGACCAGCGGGUGAUCAGGACUCCUGUACCAACAUGGCGGCCUGUCAGAUUUCCAGUGAUCAGACGAACUUUUUCGGACUCGGUACGCACGACUCUGCACAGUUCGCUUUGGACUCCGACCCGACCACUGGCGAAAGUGUAGUGUCUGUUGUUUACCAGGCAGCCUCGUCAGGAAGGGCGUCAGAAGUACUGCUGAAAUGCACCACGGGAGCCACAGUCUUCACGGUUCUUGGCGAAAUUCAACAGGGACAAUACAUUUUCCAGUUGGAGAGCCCAUGUUGUUGUCCAGGGGCAAAGGAAGGCUGUAUGGGCGUUGGGAUCAGUGGAGGGACCAUUGUUCUCAUCAUUGCCGUGUCAGUGGUAGUUGUGUACUUUGUCGGCGGGAUGAUCAUCAUGAAGUUUGUGAAGAAAGCAGAGGGACUUGCAGUCAUCCCUAACUCGGGCUUCUGGUCCAGCCUACCGGGAUAUAUCAAGGAGGGCGUGUUGUUUAUCGUGUCACCUUGCCGACGGUCUGGAAAGUACGAUUCAAUCUAAUCACAUAGAAAACUCAUGGACAGCUAAUCUUGUCUCUUUUUCUUUAUUUCGAACUUGAAGUCUUCAGUUGAUACCAAAAUUUAUUGUCAAUGAUAUUAAAACAGUUUUGAAAUGUAUAGAAUACAAUGGCCUGCACCGACAUCGUGGCUGUUUAACUACAUUCUAUGAAUGGUGUUCGCUGAUCACGCCAACAAGAUGUUCAAACUCAAAAUGAGACAAGCAAGCAUGUAUAACGUACUUUGUACUACUGAUAGACUAUGAUUUUAAGACAAAACGUUGUCAAAGCUAUUAAAUGAAGGUCACAAUAUAUGUUAUCUACCAAUGAGUCUUGUAUCGUUGUUAACUUGACAACGCUAAGUUGAAAUCGAGAGAAUACAAAUAGCUGUUAUCAACAACAAAAAAGAAACGACUACCUUUUUAUGGUCCAAGUACAAUUGUUUCAACAUGACGUUUGCGAAUAAAAACUUGAUUGAAUGUG